AUGUCCUCCAACACAGACAACCAAAUGACAAGAUUCCUCUUUGCCAUCUUGAAGCAGAAGAACUUGAAGGAUAUUGACUGGAACGCCGUCGCCCAUGAUCCGAUACUUUUGCAACCCAUCACCAACGGCCACGCUGCUCGCAUGAGAUAUUCCCGCUUCCGCUCUGCGAUGCUAGGUCUCGAGCCUCAAAAACGCAACCGCACUGUUGCAAACAAGAACCGCGUCACCAAGUCUAAGAAGGAGCAGAAACCGAAGAAGGAAGAAGACGACGACCGCGUCAAACCGGAGCCAGGGACUGGCGAGUUCGACACUCGUGCAAGAUCUCCAGUCAAGGUCAAACAAGAGCACAGCCAGCUUCCCUACCAACAGCAGUUCACGCCGGCAUCCAUGUCAUCACCUCCUGCCCCUGAAUGCCAAUCAACCUUCCAGCCUAGACUCCUCACACCUUGCAGCGACGACAUGUUCUCAGCGCCCCAAAAUUUGCAGUUUAGUCCGUCUGCCAACAUGGUGGGGGCACACCCUGCGUUCGAUAUUCCAUCAGUUUUGCCCUGCGCUCACGAGCAAGAGCACCACCACGAGCACGAGCACGGCCCUUGGGGAUCAAGUCCUAUCUACUCGGCCUUCGAGGCCGCCUACGACAUUGAAGGAUUUAACAUAGGUGCUAUGUGCGACCAGCAACACGGUCAAGGGCAUUCAGGCGAGCUGCACGGGUCACCCACACUGGCAAGCCUCAUGCCCGAGCAUAUGAACAUCAAGAACGAGCACUGGGAUGCUCGAUUCCAUUCUUAA